CUCAUUCAGAGAAGGUGUCAGAGAGAGAGUUAGGAAGCAGGGCAGCUACAGGACAGCAUGGCACUCACUGCUCUCUGUCUGCUGAUGUUGUUCAGCUCUGUGUUACAGUAUGGAGUCAUGGAAGUGAGACAAAAGGCUGUUGUGAUCCUCAAGCCCAACUGGACAAAACUGUUCAGAGGAGACACAGUGUCGCUCAGAUGCCACCUCCCGGGAGAGCCAUCCGCCGACUGGGAGUACAUUUGGUAUAAAAACGAGGAGGAGCUUAACCCUUACAAGGUCUGGAGCGAGAGCAACGAGUAUAAGAACGUGGGCCCAGUGGAAGAGUCUGACGGCGGCGAGUACGCUUGUCUGGGCAUGAGGAAGGUCGACUCGGUCUUCUCUGAGAUCAGUGACGCUGUAAUACUUACUGUCUCAGAGAGACCCAAGGCUGUGAUUCUCCAGAGGCCUGACUGGCCCCAGAUCUUCAGCGGAGAGACGGUCACUUUCAGGUGUGACAUCCCAGGUGAGCUGCCGUCUGAAUGGAGGUACCGGUGGCGGAAGGACGGACAGAAGGUAAAACCUGAUUCCGCUGGGGAGACAAAUAUUUACAGGAUAACGGUCGCCGACCAGUCCCACAGUGGCAAGUACACCUGCACUGGCCUGAGGAAAAGUGACUACAAGUUCUCCCUCGCCAGUGAAUCAGUGACACUGACUGUGUCAGAGAGACCGCAGGCGGUGCCGAUUCUGACCCCUAAGGACAUGGAGAUCUUCAGUGGUGAGUCAGUCUCGCUCCGCUGCCUCAUUCAGGAUGGGGAGGCCGUGGGAGACUGGAAGUACAGCUGGUACAAGAGGGGCUACGUGGGCUACAGCCAGAUCAGCGACGAGCAGGAGUACGGUAUCAGCCCCGCCACGGAGGCCGACAGCGGCGACUACACCUGCAGGGGCACGCGCAAGAGCGACGCCCAGCACUCCGAGACCAGUGAGGCCAUUAGGCUGACCGUGUCAGGCCUGCCCAAAGUUUCAAUCUCUAUGAAACCAGAGAGCCCCAUAUACAUUGGAGAGACGGUCACUCUGGAGUGUGUGACCGCCUCUCGCACUGACUGGAGCUAUACCUGGUUUAAAGGAAGUCCACAGACCGAGGCGCUGCCCUCGGACCGUGAGAGUAAAGGCGGGAACACCCUCACCAUCAGCGGGGCUUCGGAACAGGACCAGGAUGAGUACUGGUGUCAGGGGGAGAGGUGGAACAGCACCACGGCUUCGCUCAUGAGUGACCCGGUUUACCUGAGCGUGUCUGACUUGCCGACAGGCUCCCUGACUGCAGAGCCCCCGAAUCCUGUAUUCACUGGGGAGACCGUCACCCUGACAUGUGUGCUAGAAUCACACAGUGACUGGUCCUAUAAAUGGUACAAAGGAAGCUCUCAGAACCCAGUGUCUCAGUCCGACCGGUACCACAGAGAGGCAAACACCCUUACCAUCUGGGGAGUGGUCGAAUCAGAUCAGGACCAUUACUGGUGCCAGGGGGAAAAGGACACCAGACCCACUUCCUCACACAUGAGUACUUAUGUUUACUUGUCUGUCACAGCCUUGCCCACUGCCACCCUGACUGUCCAGCCCGCCAGCCCUGUGUUCAGUGGAGAGAUAGUGACGUUUACGUGUGCAAUACAGUAUCUCCGAGACUGGACGUACAGGUGGUACAGACGCAACUCCUCAGAUGCGGUGUCCCAAUCCGAGCGCUACGGCCGAGCUGGGAACACCUUGACCAUCCGAGGGGUGGCUGACCUUGACCAGGACCAGUACUGGUGUCAGGGGGAGAGGGACACGCGACCCACUGUAUCACAGAUCAGUGAGAAUGUCACACUGAAUGUACAUGAAUUCAAGCCAAAGCCACGGCUGACAUCCAACCAAUCAGAUCACAUCUACACCGGUUCAUCUUUGACUCUGACCUGUGAGAUGGACCCGUCCACUGGCACCGGGUGGACAUUUUUCUGGUACCGAGACUCACAGAACUCAGAACCUAUGUUCCAAUCCGAUGUGAACUCCUACACCAUCAACUUUGUGAAGGUCUCUGAUGAAGCGCCAUAUUUUUGUUGCGCUGGAAGAGGCAGCCCGGUCUAUUACACACAUUACAGCAACGCUACAUGGAUACAAGUUACUGAGAGGCCAAAGGCCUUCAUCACCCUGUUGUCUAACUGGACGCGGAUCUUCAGCGGUGAGACCAUCUCUCUCCAGUGUGACAUUCACAGCACCACAGACACUGACUGGGACUACGUCUGGUACAAGAAUGGCUACCUAAACAACCCCGUGAGCCGCGAGAAAGAAUACCGCGUCACCCUGGUGUACGGUCACCGCGGCGACGAAUACACCUGCAUCGGCAGGAGGAAGAGGGAGCUCACGUACUCAGAGAUGAGUGACCCCCACAGUGUCUCAGUGUUCGAGAGACCCCUGGCUCUACUGAGUGUCCCUGCUCGGACCUGGGUGCGUGAAGGUGACUCAGUGACCCUGAGCUGCGAGGUGAAGAGUCCGGCCGCAGGCUGGAGGUUCCAUUGGUACAGAGCCGACUCCGCAGCCAGACAGACCCUCGUGUACAGCAACGGUGGCUCCUUUACCAUCAGCCCAGUGCUGCUCCAACACGCUGGCUUGUACACGUGCAGAGCAGAGAGAGGAGAUCCGCCAUACUACACCAAAUACAGCAAGCUCCAGCCACUCUGGGUCACUGGCCUGUCACCUCCUGCCUCUCUGGUCAUCAGGCCUAACAGAACCCAGCACUUCAUAUAUAAAUCCCUGUCCCUGAGCUGUGAAAUGCAGGACUACCCUGUCGGCUGGAGGCUGAGGUGGUUCACGGACAGAGGGGAGUUAACGGAAUGCCCGGCUGCGUGGAGGUCAGUGGUAGGAUCGACCUGCUCCAUCGUCCACCCACACGAGUCAGAGAGCGGCGUGUACUGGUGUCAGUCAGAAACCGGGCUGCGCAGCAACCCUGUCAACGUCACGUUCCAUGAUGCCGACGUGAUCCUGGAGAGCCCUGUCCACCCUGUGAUGGUGGGUGACCCCCUGACCCUGCGCUGCAGGUACCGUAAGACGCCCACCAACACGGAGGCCGACAUCUACAAGGACGGAUCUCCCAUUCUGCCCACCAUCACCGGGGAGGUGACCAUCCCGGAGGUGACCCAGUCACACGAGGGACGGUAUCGGUGCAGGCAUUCCGACAGCGGAGACUCCCCAGAGAGCUGGGUCACAGUGAGAGCUAAAGAUACUCGGCCACAAAAGCAUCUAGCACUUUGGCUUGUGCUGGGCCUGUGCAUUGGGCUUGCCGUAGUGGUUGUAUUUGCACUGCUGUAUCGCUACAGAGGCUUGUUCAUUCAUGGAAGACUAUUUGGCCGUGGAUGGCAGAGCACCCACGGGGGGUCGAGCGAGGAGCAGAACAGGCCUGUGGACCGUCAGGGGGAAAAGUCUGGCAAAGUUCCAUGGCAGUUUGAGUCUGGUUGGUGGUCACCCAGUUCUACUACAUUAUAGCAUACAUGUAUCCUUUACUUCCCCUUUUAAACACAAACUAUGACUAUCAACUGGUCUUCUAUUUCUGUACAGAAUCACUCACAUGAUUCCCAUUUUAUUCUCUAGCUGGGUCGGGGUUGGGUGUGCUAAAAGGCAAUAACCCCUUAAAUUAUGACUUCUGAGAGAUUGAGACUUACGGAUAUAACCAUCAACACAUUUAAGGCAUCUUGCUGUAAAAAAAGAUGACAAUUACAAAGCAUGAUUAUCACACAUAGAGUGACCUGUGCUAUUUGACCUAUUAUGAUAUCAGGGCUGGAGAACAUAGUAGUGACUUCACACAUCCCUGAAGACUUGGGUCCCUGGGCCUGGGCCCAUUAGGCCCAUUCAGUAAUCCAUCCCUGCUCAUAAAUUUGCCUUUUUAGAACUUUUGAACCAUUUUGGAAUUUCUGUUGUGUGAUAUUCCAUAUGUUGCCUUAUUCAAGUUAUUCUAAAUGUUUGGGAUUAAAAAGCUGAUUAACACAGUGAGUCCAUGCCCCCUUGAGAAAAGUAUUUUGAGUUUUUUCAAUAAUAUACAAAAAUAUAUAUAUAAUACAGUAUUUUAUUUUGAUACAUUAUGGCUACAGUGUUUUUAUUUACUAUUUAAAAAUAAGGUAUUUAGUUUUCAAAAUAGGCUACAUCCUGAUGUAUUUUUGCCCAUCCCUGUAUGUAUUGAAACACAUAAACAAAAUGUAAUCAAGUAAUCUUCGACAAUGUAACUAUAAUCUGAUUGCACUUUUUUAUGUAAUCUGGUCUGAUUACUCAUUUUGGUAACACUUUACGGUAAGGGUACAUGAAUUAUCAUGAAUUCAUGCAUGAAUUAAUUCAUUAUUUCUGUAUUACCGGUACUUCAUUUCUUAAUAUUACAUGAAUCAUCAGGAAUUGACAUGAGUAAAUAGUCUGUCAUCGUGUCCUUAUACAUGAACAGCACAUCACCUAAAGUAUUAGGUACAGUGGGCACAUUAUUAUGAAUUAUGAUUUAUUAAGCAUGAUCAUGAUUAUUUCUUUUUCUGCCAAAAAUGUGGUCAUCACGGCACAAAUUCUGAUUUACCAAAACCUUGGACCUUGGCAGUUCUCUAAACAAAUAUCACUAUUCGGCGCUACAGUUGAGGGGCCACAGACAUGAUCUCAUGAGCAAUUAACCUUAAAUUCAUGUAAUCA